CAUAAAAGGAAAUCGGGGUGAGAAUAGAACUCGUUUCUAAACCCAAGCAUUCGUCUCCAAAAAUAGAAUUUUUUCCCCGUUUGCUUUAUAUUCUGAGAUCUCAUCGCGUUCUCCGCCGUCGCGUUCGAAUCUGAAUCAAACCCUUGCUAGAGAUUUAGAUAGAGAUGGGUACCUCUGGAUUUUCAUGGAAGUUGGAAGAUCACCCAAAGUUUCCGAAGGGGAAGACGAUAGGUUUGGUGGUUUUGGAUGGAUGGGGUGAGGCUAAUCCGGAUAAGUACAAUUGCAUUCAUGUUGCUGAGACUCCGACCAUGGACUCGCUUAAGACGGGUGCUCCAGACAGAUGGAGGUUAGUAAGAGCGCAUGGAAAAGCAGUAGGAUUACCCACUGAAGAUGAUAUGGGUAACAGUGAAGUAGGUCAUAAUGCACUUGGAGCUGGACGAAUCUUUGCUCAGGGGGCUAAACUGGUUGAUCUUGCACUUGCAUCGGGGAAAAUAUAUGAAGGUGAAGGUUUCGAGUACAUCAAAGAAUGUUUCAAUGAAGGUACUUUACAUCUCAUUGGACUAUUAAGUGAUGGAGGUGUUCACUCUCGGCUUGAUCAGUUGCAGUUGCUACUGAAAGGUGUUAGUGAGCGUGGUGCCAAAAGGAUUCGUGUGCAUGUUCUUACAGAUGGUCGUGAUGUUUUGGAUGGCUCCAGUGUUGGCUUUGUUGAAACACUUGAAAAUGAUCUUGCAAAUCUACGAGCGAAAGGUGUUGAUGCACAGAUUGCAUCUGGUGGGGGUCGGAUGUAUGUCACCAUGGACAGAUACGAGAAUGACUGGGGUGUUGUGAAACGUGGCUGGGAUGCUCAAGUUCUUGGUGAAGCACCAUACAAGUUCAGAAAUGCAGUUGAAGCUGUGAAGAAGCUGAGGGAGGAUCCCAAAAACAAUGACCAGUACCUGCCGCCUUUUGUUAUAGUCGAUGAAGGUGGCAAAGCAGUAGGGCCUAUAGUGGACGGUGAUGCUGUUGUAACAUUCAACUUCAGGGCUGAUCGCAUGGUUAUGAUUGCUAAGGCUUUGGAAUAUGAAGACUUUAACAUUUUUGACCGUGUACGGUUUCCUAAAAUUCGCUAUGCUGGAAUGCUUCAAUAUGAUGGUGAAUUGAAGCUUCCGAGCAAGUAUCUUGUAUCACCUCCAGAGAUAGAUAGAACAUCUGGUGAAUACUUGGUUCACAAUGGUGUUCGGACUUUUGCUUGCAGUGAGACAGUCAAAUUUGGGCAUGUUACCUUUUUCUGGAAUGGCAACCGAUCUGGUUAUUUUAAUUCAUCCUUGGAGGAAUACGUUGAAAUUCCUAGUGACAGUGGAAUCACAUUCAAUGUGGAACCUAAGAUGAAAGCUCUAGAGAUUGCUGAAAAGGCAAGGGAUGCAAUUCUUAGUCGCAAGUUUGACCAGGUUCGUGUUAACCUUCCUAAUGGAGACAUGGUGGGACAUACAGGUGACAUUAAUGCCACUGUAGUGGCUUGCAAGGCUGCUGAUGAAGCUGUCAAGAUAAUUCUGGAUGCCAUAGAGCAAGUUGGUGGAAUAUACGUUGUAACCGCUGACCAUGGAAACGCUGAGGACAUGGUGAAAAGGAACAAGUCUGGCCAGCCACUACUUGACAAAAAUGGGAAUAUUCAAGUUCUCACUUCUCAUACUCUUCAACCGGUUCCGAUUGCAAUCGGAGGCCCCGGGCUUGCACCUGGCGUGAGAUUCAGGAAGGAUGUUCCAGAUGGUGGUCUGGCCAAUGUUGCUGCAACUGUUAUGAACCUCCAUGGCUUUGUGGCACCAAGUGAUUAUGAGGCAACCCUAAUUGAAGUUUUCGAUAACUGAUCAUUUCACGAUGACUAGUCAUACGAAACAAGACUCGUACUCGUUUGUUUGACACUUACGGUAACAAUUAUAAAUGCGCCCUUGAUACAAUACUCUUUUGGUUUAUCAGGGAGGCUGAAAUAAUUUUGUUUUCGAAUUCAUGCACUGCAGUGAAAAAGGAAAACAAAUAGUUUUGACAGAUGAGUGAAGUUUCAGCUGAUUUAUUAUGAAUUACUAUCCAUUUUGUUGGAUGGGGUGUCAUCCUAACAAUGAUAAACUUGUUUGUCAUGUUUGAUGAUAUCUAUUGAGGUUAUUCCUUAAAUUUUCAUGGUUUCAAACUUUAUAUUGAUAUUUGAAAACAUUAUAAAUA